GCCCACUUGGUCACUAAACAACCACUUCCACCUCCCAGCUAAUGUCUCUUCCUCUCUCUUAGCCCUUCUUCUGUUCUUCCCCUGAUCUCUGUACGCAUGAAUGACUAGUCCUUCUUCGAGUCAUGAGUAACACAAAAGUGCCCAGAUCGAAGGCUAUGUAUCAUCAAGUUUAUGACAGAGGCUAAGAGCAAGAGAGCUUGCUACUUCCCCUUCUGCUCACUCUAUAGGGUUCUUGGCGUCUCUUCUCUUCUUCCUUCAAGCCAAAAUAUAGUUUCUCUUGUCUAUACAUACACUGGUGUUCAGAUCACCUGUGGUUCAUAAGGUUCUCCCCGCAUACAUGGGGAGGGCUGAGAACGGCAAGGACAAGAGGUCAAAGGGCCUGAUACUGAAGACGCUGGAGCGGUGCCGGUCUCUGGGGAGCCACCGCAAGGGGGAUCAGAAGCGGCAGCGGACGCCCGAGGGUUGCUUCUCGGUGUACGUCGGGCCCGCGAGGGAGCGGUUCGUGGUGCGCACGGAGUGUGUGAACCACCCGCUCUUUAAGAUGCUACUUGAUGAGGCGGAGAUGGAGUUCGGGUACUCGGCUGCCGGGCCGCUGGAACUUCCCUGCGACGUUGAUCUCUUCCAAAAGGUGUUGUGGGAGGUGGAGCAGGACGCAGCGGAGCUGUACUCGCCCAGGUGCAACUUCAGCAAGGCACACGCCGGGUACCUCUUGCUGAGCCCGGCAAGGGCCAUGAUCACGGGCCGUGUGUAGAUUUGGAAGCAAGCAUAGUCACGGUGAGAAAACCUCCACAGCCUCAUGUGUUUAGCUUUCUUGUUCCAUAUGUAUCAUGAUCAACAACGAAGGUUAAGUCGAUCCUUUGUUUUGUGUGUGAUUGGUGUGGAGAAGGUUUAGUGGUUUCUAUACUUUUUAUCUGUAAUCAUGCCACUUGUCUCCGCUUGGUUUUAAUGUAGAAGAGGUGCUCCGAUCCAGUCGUGGUGAUUAAUGUACAAGAUCUGCAUAAUAUCUUGUUCUAAGGCUCAUGAUUAUUGUACAGGAAAUAAAUUGCUUCAAUCAA